AUGGAUGGCAUGACAAUGGUCCGGUCGGGCGAUGAGCCCUAUAUGCAGUUUGAUAGGUUGAAAUUACGAAAUUAUUUCCCGCAUGAAAUAGAAAGGCUCAGCGUAUUGCGUGUAACACAAACGAGGAGUUUUGAUGAGGUUGGUCAUGCCAUUCGCGGUGGACUUUAUGAUCCCCUGCUGGGUCCUUUUGAACCGCGUGAUCGAUGUGAGACAUGUAAUCAGUAUGAAGUCUAUUGCCCUGGUCAUUUCGGACACAUUCGUCUGGAUGUCCCUGUUUUUAAUCCAAUACUUUUUAGUUUCUGUUUUAAUCUUUUGAAAGGUUCUUGUGUGCAAUGCCAUAGAUUCACAUGUGGAACCGAUGGCAUAGCUACAAAAGUGCUUCUCGCGCAGCUUAGAUGCUUCGAAUUGGGUGUGCCUCACCUUGCACCUGAAAUUGAAAAUGAGUUUAAGGAAAAAGUUGGCACGUCAAUGUACACAUCAGUGGUUUCCGAAGAGGAAGAGAUGCAGAUGUUGGCCGAGUUGGAUAAACUAAUUUCUGAUCGUGCUGGCCGACCACUCAGCGCUUUGUCCGCCGAUUCUCCCACAAAAAAUACCGUAAAUCUCCGGAAAACCGUAAUCAAGGACUAUUUGAGAAACCAUUUGUUCAAACGGAAAGCGCGAUGUCCUUUGUGCAAAGGGUUCAACGGGCAGAUUCGAAACGAUGGCGCGCGUUGUGUAUUGAUUGAUUUUACUGUGCAUGGAAGGAAAAGGAAAAAGUUGGACAUCUACAAGAGCGGGUUUGAGGGAGAAGAUUUAGAAGAGGAUGUUCAUGCGUCAGACGAUGAAAAAGAUAAAAAGACAAUAGGGUUAAGUGACACGGCUUACGGAAAUGUCGAAAUGACUGAAGGCGCGUUGGAAUUGCAGAUGAGAGCUGUGCAAAGCGGAGCUUGUGAAAAACUCGCCUGGCGUGCCGCAGAGACUCGCGAACAUUUCCGUCUCUUGUUCAAACAUGAAGGGAAGCUUCUACUGAAAUUAUUUCCUAUGCUCAAUGAUGAAGGUGCUGAUGGUUUGUGCCCACUCGACGGUCUGUUCUGCGAAUUGAUAAUGGUUCCACCCACGAAGUUUCGGCCUAUCCGACUCUUCAAAGGAGAGCGUUAUGAAAAUCCACAAUCUGUUAAUUUACGAAGAGUGCUGGAAGCAACGGAAACUAUCAAGGCAGUGUCACUUGUUCUCAAUGGAGAUAAGAGCCCACAACUAAUGGAGCUGAUCGCAAAUAGAACCCAAGGAAAAACGAUGAACGCGAAAAUGCAUAGCGCCUAUCUAGCACUUCAACAACGCGUGAAUGCUAUUUAUGAUGAAGAUCUAGACAAAAAUGAUCAGAACAGGAUUCCUGGGAUUAAGCAAAUUCUUGAGAAGAAACAAGGCCUUUUUCGAAUGAACAUGAUGGGAAAACGCGUUAAUUUCGCUUGCAGAUCUGUUAUUACACCUGAUCCUUACUUGGACAUUGAUGAGAUAGGAAUUCCUGAAAUCUUCGCUAAAAAGCUCACUUUUACGGAGCCAGUCAAUCUAUUCAAUAAGGAGGAGAUGAGAAAACUCGUUCGAAAUGGUCCAAAUGUCCAUCCAGGCGCCAACUUCGUCGUGAGCAGUUCAAAUAAGAAGCAGAUGCUCGGAGGCAUGUUCCCAGGAAUGUCAUCGGAGGAAGAGGAUCGUCGAAAGCGCAUAGCUGUUGCCAAAAGUUUGGAACCAGCAAAUACGGACAAACUCAGGCAACCAAUAAAGGUGCUGCGUCAUCUUCGCAAUGGAGACAUGAUGCUGAUGAAUCGGCAGCCAUCACUCCACAAACCAUCGAUACAAGGGCACAGGGCUCGAGUGAUUGUUGGUCAGCGUGCGUUGCGAAUGAACUACGCACCCUGCAAGGCUUAUAAUGCGGAUUUUGAUGGCGACGAGAUGAAUGGACAUCUUGUUCAAAGCCACAUUGCGCAGUCCGAAGUUGCGGAAUUAGCUAACGUCGGAAGUAAUUUUCUGGUUCCGAAGGAUGCUACACCGCUUCUCGGAUUGAUUCAGGAUCACGUUGUGUCGGGGGUUCUGCUAACGAUUCGGGGAAGAUUCUUGUCGAAGGAGGACUUCAUGCACCUUGUCCUAGCCGCUUUUGCUGAAAGAACAAAACGGAUUGAGAUACCGUUACCAGCUAUGAUUAAGCCAUAUCAAUUAUGGAGUGGAAAACAGGUUAUUUCAUGCAUCAUCAAAAAUUGUGUACCCAAAGAUAAGCCACUAAUUAACCUGACGUCCAAAUCAAAAACACCACUACCAUGUUGGAAAGUUCGAGGAUUCGACACUCCACAGCUGAACAUGAGCGAGUCGGAGGUUGUUUUCAGACAGGGUGAGCUGUUGGUUGGUGUUUUGGAUAAACAACAUUAUGGUGCAACACAGUACGGUUUGAUACAUAGCUGUUUCGAGUUGUAUGGUCACAAAGUUGGAGUCCAAAUUCUGUCUUGCUUUUCAAGGCUUUUCACGACUUACUUACAGCUGCAUGGUUUCACUCUUGGUGUAGCAGACAUUCUUGUUAGAAAAGACGCAGAUAAAGCCCGGAAACAAGCAAUCAAAGAGUCGAGGACAAUUGGAGACCAGGUUGUACGGAAUGCGUUUUGUCUUGACGAGAACGUUUCUCAUGCUGAAGUCAAACGGAUAUUGGCAUCAACGUACUGUAACCCCAGAGGACAAGGGCAAGACGUGAAAAUGCUGGAUUAUUCUAUGAAGCAGAGCAUAUCGAAGUAUAAUGAUGCAAUAACAAAGGCAUGCGUACCGGAAGGAUUGAUCCGUCAAUUCCCAGAAAAUGCGCUACAAGUAAUGAUUCAGUCCGGUGCAAAGGGUUCGGCUGUGAAUGCCAUACAAAUUUCUUGCUGUUUGGGCCAGAUUGAAUUGGAGGGUAAACGUAUGGCCGUCACUGUGGCAGGCAGGACUUUGCCAUCGUUUAAAGCUUUUGAUCCUUCACCGCGCGCUGGAGGUUACAUAGACCAACGGUUUCUAACUGGUAUCAAUCCUCAGGAGUUGUUUUUCCAUACAAUGGCCGGUAGAGAAGGUCUUAUUGAUACAGCUGUAAAAACUUCUCGAUCUGGCUACUUGCAAAGAUGUCUUAUUAAACAUUUGGAAGGAUUAAAAAUUCACUAUGACGGUACUGUCAGAGACCACGACGGCUCAGUUGUGCAGUUCCGAUACGGAGAAGAUGGCCUCGAUGUAAUUAAAGCAUCGUACAUAAGUCCAAGGACGUUCCCUUUCUUACAAGACAACUUGGACGCUGUAAUACAUUGCUCGAAACCUGACGAAGUGCGAGAUUCUGAAUUUAAUGUCGAAGCGGCUGAAAAGCAGUACAAGAAGAUCAAGAAAUGGCGCAAGAAAUCGUCGAAUUUCGAUGGAGGCCGUUCAAAGAAGCAUUAUAUUUCUGGAUUCACUGAAUUCUCAAUAGACCAUAUUGGGGUAGACAAAGAACGGGUAGUUGGUAUGUGGGCAGAGAUGGAUGCAGCAGAACGACUGGUAUACGAGAAAAGAGCGCCGAGAAAAUGUCCUCAUUCUGUAGAUGAGGAAUUCAAUGCGUACACUACGCUCGGUGCUCUUCCUGAGAAAACUCUGGACGCUAUCUACAAAUUUUCCGCUGGAAAUGACCGAUUGCGACGUUCGUUGUUCUGGAAAGGUAUGCGAUCAUUAGCCGAACCUGGUGAAAAUGUAGGGCUCCUGGCUGCACAGUCUAUUGGUGAACCGUCCACGCAAAUGACUCUGAACACAUUCCACUUUGCUGGAAGAGGUGAAAUGAACGUCACACUGGGUAUUCCUCGUCUUCGUGAAAUUCUAAUGACAUCGUCAGAGCACAUUGCAACUCCCAGUGCCAAGAUUCCUAUUCUCCCGGGUACACCACGAGAAAGAAUAGACGAAAUACGACGAGAACUGGAUCGAGUGUUCCUUAAGCAAGUGUUACGUAACUUCACACUAGAAGAACGGCUAAAUCUUACUAGCAGUGAUUGCUGGAGGCGUUACCACCUUCGGAUAGAAAUUUUGUCUAGUGCCAAAAGGGAGCAAAAUGCCAAACAUCUUAGGCGAAAAAUGAUUAUUCAAGAGCUCGAAAAACGGUUUCUGCGGGUGUUGGCAACCGCUAUAGGGAAGAAAUAUCGUGAUGUGCUCGAGUAUCAACAAGUGCAACAUCGAAAAUUGCGUGCCGGCAAUAUGAGCGCUGGUUUGGGUAGCAACGAUGGCGGUGUAGUGACCCGGCGACCUCACAACUUAGAUGAUGGCAAUUCAUCCGAUGAGGAGGCUGCUGGCGGCAGGGAAGCUGACGCUGCCGAACAAAAACUUCAUAACAGACAUCUCGAUGAUGCUGCAGAAUACGAAGGCGAAGAAGAAGAUCGCGUCCACGUGGAGAAGGACGAUGAAGAGGGACAGAACGAAAUCCAAGAAGAGAAUGAAGACAGCGAAAAAGACCUCGAGGAUGACGAAGAUAUGGAAGAGGAACAGAAAGAAAGUGUACGGCAAGAGAAAAAACGCAGCGCCGACGAACGUGUAAAGUUUGUGAUCUCGCAAUCAAAUCUAAUCGUCGACUACAAAUUUGAUGUGGCUUCCGAGCGAUGGUGUGAGGUUGUGUUCCAGCUGCCACUUGGAAACAAGAGUAAACUGGAUUUGGCAACAAUCGUGGAGAAAGAAGUGGAGAAAUUCAUUGUUCAUCAAACUCCAGGAAUUGAACGAUGCAUUGAAAGUGAAGAAAAUGUGAACGACGUGCCAACGAAAUUUUUGCAGACGCAAGGCAUUAAUCUUGAGGCUUUCUUCCGACACGCAGACGUGCUCGAUGUGAAUGCGAUCUACUCGAAUGAUUUGAACCUGAUUCUCCAUCAGUAUGGAGUUGAAGCAUGUUCGAGAGCGAUUGUUCAGGAGAUGAAUAAUGUGUUUGCGGUGUAUGGUAUCGAAGUGUCAAAACGACAUCUAUCGUUGACAGCUGAUUACAUGACAUUCACUGGCGCUAUAGCACCGUUCAAUCGAACAGCGAUGGCGUCUUCUUCGUCACCGCUUCAGAAGAUGACAUUCGAAACAACUAUGGCGUUUAUGAAGGAAGCGCUGUUACACGGAGAAGAAGAUAUGCUGAGUUCGCCAUCGGCACGUCUUGUUAUGGGAUCCCUAUCGAGAGGAGGAACCGGGGCCUUUGAUCUGUUAGUAUCCCCAGAAUAUUCGGCAUAG